UAAAUUCCCUACACCAAACCCUAUACAAAACUCCCUCGGCGCCUCACUCUCUCUCAAUCGGCGGGAUUCGCUGCUCCUCCGUGCUGCCUCGCCGCUCCACCACGUUUCCUCGCCGGAUUCAUAAGCCUCAGAUCAGGUGCUCUAUUAUAGCUGAAAUUAUAUUCUGUUGUAAAAUCAUGUUAGCCCUCGCCGGACCAGAGGAAUUUGAGGAUCCUGCAUUCAAAUGGGAUAAGAAAAGAGGAGUGGGAAUGAAGAAUAGAAAUAUCCAGUUUUAUGAGUCAUUUAGUUAUGAUGGGGUGGAUUAUGCGCUGUAUGACUGUGUAUACAUGCACAUGCAAGGGCAACCCACACCUUAUAUCGGAAAACUGGUUAAGAUAUGGGAACUUGCCGGAGGUACUAAAAAGGUAAAGAUUCACUGGUUUUUCCGGCCAUCAGAAAUGUCUUAUUAUCUGAAGGAUGUGAAGGUGACAGAGAACGAACUAUUUUUCGCUUCUGGUGACGGCAAAGGUCUUACUAAUGUCAACCCGCUGGAAGCCAUUGCUGGAAAAUGCAGUGUUAUCUGCACUUCAGCUGAUAGUAGAAAUCCACAGCCUUCAGUCAAAGAACUUCAAAUGGCUGAUUAUGUCUUUUACCGCAUCUUUGAUGUUAAGAGCUGUACUAUAUCAGAUAAAUUUGAUGAUAAAGUUGGUGGUCUUGAAGUUAAUUUUGUGUUCAACAGAAAAGAGGCUGCUGAGACUCUAGAUGGUCCCAAACUUGUUAUUGGUGAAAAAUAUGAGGGCAACAUGGUUGCAUUCAAAGAAACACCACAGAUUGCAGGCCCCGCCUUAAAGGAGACAUGUGACAAAAAUCUUGGGAGCAAUAUCUGUGAAAAGAAAGAUAAGGUUAAGGACAUAGAGUUACCUGUCAAUCAGGUUCAUGUUGAAAAGGGAGUGAAGCAUGCACACAAGUCUUGUGAUUUGGACGAUGCACCAUCAAAGAGAGUGAAAGUUGGCAAUUCAGGUUCGUCAGAGUUAAAUGGUGUAGAAGGUGUUAAGAACUAUGUUGGGUGCAAAAAAGAUGCGAAUAAGUCGGAAAUCUCAAGUCCUUUAGAUGGGAAGAGUGUUUCCUUGCCUAAAGAAGCAUCAAUACCGAAUGCAUUGCAAGGAAAGCUAUCAAGCCCACAUGUUAGUGGAAAUUUGAUUUCUUGUGGGGAAAAGACAUCACAAACCAUUGUGGGAUCAUGCGACGUGACACAAAGGCCAUCAAUGACCAAUGUUUCACCUAAGGAAACCCCAAAAAUAAUGCCUACUAGCGACAUGGAUGGAGCCGAACCGGUUGCAAACCCACCUCAAAGUUUAUCUACUUCAAAGAAAAGGCCAUUGGAGAUGGCUGAGUCCACAGAGAAGUCAAACCUUGUACUUGACAAGUCCCAUGAGAACAAGGAGGAAAAAUUAAGUAGUAAUUCAUGUCCCAAUGAUGGAGGUUAUCUCAAGAAAGCAAAGUUAGAUAAGUCUAUCAAGCAACCGGAAGAGAACGAGAAUAGUAAUAGUAAGAAGGUGAAAGAGAAAAUGCAUAUGGGUCCCAAAAAUUCACAAGUUGUAACUUGCGACAAUAUUGGGAAAUUGGGAGCAAAUGAGGGGCCUUCAAAGGAUCAUAAUGAGAAGAAAAAUCUUGUGAACAAAGUGAAAAACUCGUCAAAAUCUUUGACUUGCAAUGUUUAUAAGACGAAGUCAAAAUUUCGUGAGGGCUCAUCCAAGGAGUAUGAGGAUGAGAAGAAUGACAAGAAUAACUUGCCAAAAUCUUUGACCUGUAACGAAAACACUAAGUCAAAGAUUUUUGAGGGGGCCUCCAAGGAGUAUGAUAAUGAUAAAAAUGGCAAGAAAAACUUGCCAAAAUCUUUGACUUGCAAUGAUAAGGCAAAGUUAAAACUUUGUGAUGGUACCUCCAAGGACUAUGGUAAUGAGAAGGAUAAGAAGUUAUCUAAUGAUAACUCGCGUAAUCGGAUUGGUACAAUAUCUAAAGAUGGUGGGAGAGUUGGAGCCAAAAUUAUUGAAGUUACUCGAAGGCCGCCUGAGAAGGCUACAUGGAUGAAAUUGUCUUGGGAGAAACAAAUGGAGAUUGCGCAUGAUAAAGGGAGAUUGGUUUUACUCCUGAAUUUGGAUCCACAAUAUACAUCCGGAGAGGUGGAGGAUAUUAUUUGGCACACAUUUAGGGAAAGGUGUACUGCUCGGGUGGUGCCUCAUACUGCAAUUUCUAAUCCAUCCUCUGGUCAAGCUCUUGUUGUAUUUAAAUCAAGUGAUGCUGCAAACAAAGUUGUACAUCAACUGGAUGAGGAAUGCUUAACGUUACCAAAUCAAAGGCCUCUGGUAGCUUGCCAUGUAAAUUUACCCAAAUUAUUUGAAAAGCAGACAGCAUAUGUUGGCCAUUUGGAUAUUGAUAAAGAUCGGCGCCAAAUGCUAAGGGAAAUGAAAGAAGCUGUGUCUACAUCUCAUUACUCCCAGCAUAACACAGUUGAAUAUGAGAUGGCUAUCGACUGGUGCUUGCUGCAAUCACAAUCUGAUGAAUGGUGGAAAAGACUUUACGAGCAACAACGGAAGGAGUUGAAGAAAAACAUGGAUGAUUUCAAGUCAAAGUGAAAAACACAGAGUGUCCACAUUUUUGCCCACGCGGAGUGACUAAUUUGCAGAUAAUCUAGAAUCCUCUCAAAUGCUUCUGAGAGAGUUUGAUUCCUGCUGCUGGUGAAGAGAGACAUGUUUGUCACUCUACAAUCUGCAGUGAGAGAAUAUAAUGCCGCAUGUGUGUAUGUAGUUAUUUUGCUAUUACAACUGCUGCUAUAACCCACCUUUUUUCUGUAUAGUUUGCUGUUGAGUGAAUUUGCAUUUAACUUGUUCGAAUCAUUCUUUCAUCUGGUUCCAGGGAAUGAAGGAAAAAGUGAAAAUUUAAAAAAUCAUUUCGAGCUUCUA